CAAAUCAAUCCAUCAAUUCCAAAUCCCCAGCUUCCUCGAUCCGUGUCCAGAACAUCAACUGGUUUUCCAUCACACACACCAACUAAUCUCUUGAGUGUUUGCACUUCAACUUCACCAUGUCCAGCACCGCCGACUGCAAGAGCAUCUCUCCGGAGUGCCCCAUCGAAGACACGAUCUAUGGCUACUACCCAAACCUCGGCGCCAACGUCGUCAUGGUAGCCAUCUUCGCCAUCUGCGCCAUUGCUCAACUCUAUCUCGGCUUCAGAUACAAGCUGCGCGCCUACCCCGCCGUCGUCUUCCUCGGCUGUCUAGGCGAGUGUGUCGGCUACGUCGGUCGAGUCCUCAUGCACUCCAACCCCUGGGACAGCGGUCCAUUCAUCAUCCAGAUCCUGCUCCUCAUCGUGUCUCCCUCCCUCCUGGCAGCUGGUCUCUACCUCACCUUGAAGCAUCUCGUUCUUCACUUCGGUCCGGAGUACUCGCGUCUGUCGCCGAAGUGGUACACAUGGCUUUUUGUUGCGUGCGAUGCUAUUGGAUUCCUUACACAGUGUAUUGGAGGCGGUAUCCAAGCGUCGGCUGAUAAUACGGAUCAGAAGACUCUCAAUAUGGGCAACAAUAUCAUGGUGGCUGGUGUUUCGUUCCAGGCUGCGACGAUGGUUGUGUGUGGUUUGUUGGCUGCAGACUUUGCGUAUAGCCUCUACAGACAUCGAGGAGAGAGAAAGACAGCAGCUCAGGGUACUUCACCCAGAGGUGCCAAGGCGUUCCAGUUCUACUUGGCCUGUUUUGUAACUGCUUUCCUUGCUAUUUUGACUCGUUGCAUCUAUCGUAUUCCCGAGAUGGCUGGUGGCUGGAAGAACCACUUGAUGAGAGAUGAAGUUGGAUUCAUGAUUCUCGAUGGAGCGCAAGUUGAUCCAAUCUCCCAGUUUGUGAAUCGUACUGACAUGACCGCCACUUUAGUAUGAUCGCCAUUGCCUCUAUUCUCAUGACCGUCGCAUUCCCAGGCGCAUACUUCCCUGCUAUGAAGAACAAGGCAAAGAAGGGGAGCCAGAGCAGCGAGAUUACAAUCGAGGAUGGCAGAGCCACUAGCGAGGAGUUGAGCAACUUGAAGCCAACGAACUACUCUCCUGUAUAAUCAGCUUUGGAUGGACUUGGAGACGCUUUUCAUAUUUGUGGUUGAGAACUCUGGGGAUGGGUCGAUAGAGUGUGAGGCACAUGACGGGCGAGUUUGCUAGAUACCUUUUCGAAUUGGGGCUUCUUCUUUGUUUUAGCGUUGGGAAGUUUCGUUUGUAUGCGGAUAGAAUAGAAUAGAGAGAUUCCAUCUUGACCUUGACCAUGCUUUGCUUCAAAACAAAUCAUUUCAGAAAGAAUCGUCCACUAGUUCUUUGCCCCGCCGGGAGAGUGGCUCGAAAACAUGAGAAACUGCCCUGGCUGAAUGAAUCAUAUACAUUAGCAGUCCUGGAAAAAUAAAAGGAGAAGAAAGAAGUGCUUAAUUUUUGGAACCAGAACAAUUUUCGAUAUGUGAAGUGAUCUCACUUCCAUUCUCAUCAACAGCUUCGGUGUUACAUCAACAGCUUCAGUGUUACAAACAUCGUGACCAUUCUCGAAUCUGUUUAACAUGGG